AUGGACUUCCUACGGCCCAUCAAGGCCUUCUGGGACGAGCUCAACCCGGCGACGCUGAGCGGUGCAAUCGACGUCAUCGUCGUCAAACAAGCUGAUGGCUCGCUCCUCUCAACACCCUUCCACGUUCGGUUCGGCAAGCUCACCCUCUUCCGCCCCAAGGAGCGCGUGGUCAACAUCCGCGUGAAUCAAGUACCGGUGGAAGGUGGCUUUGAAAUGAAAGUGGGCAAGCAAGGCGAGUGCUACUUUGUCCAGCCCAUCGGAACUGACCUGCCAGAUUGCCAAACUGACCAGGAGGAGGACGUUGAGGAGGAUGAUGACGAUGAUGACGAUGAAGAAGAGGAGGAGGAGGAGGAGACGGACAGGGAGUACCUUGAGAUUGGGCCAGGCACCGCACGUGGCACUGGCGGCACCAACGCUGACGACGAUGCCGAGGAGUAUGAGUACGACGACGACGGACGAUUCGCGCUGUGCGCCAAACCAUCACAACAGCAACGGAACCAAUGGCAACAACAACAACAACAACAACAACAACAACAACAACAACAACAACAACAACAACAACAACAACAACAACAACAACAACAACAACAACAACAACAACAACAACAACAACAACAACAACAACAACAACAACAACGGCGGCGCAGCAACGUGUCGACGGAGGAUGUGGCCACGGCUGCAUUUGCACGUGUGAACGACUGGGAUGAGCAACAGCCUCACAGCACGAGCGCGGCACGGGCUGAGGUGGCGCAUGACAGCGAACACGUCCCAAACGUCCUCCACUCCGAUCCAAGACGCUGGGGCGCGUCGUCCAUGUCUCCGUCGUCGCUGCAUGGGACGAGCGGGAACGGGGCGCUGGUGCAGCACAUCCACGAGCCGAGCCCGCACACCCGCGGCCUCUCCUCCAUCCGCGCAUCCGGCAGCAUGUCUCAUGGUCUCAACGCCAUUGGUGGUGACAGCCCCGUGCUGGGCGCCUCGCCGCGUCGCUCGGGCUCCGUACCCGCCACGGCCAAGUCCUCACACAGCUCAUCCUCGCCGUCGCCGUCACCACGUGCCACGCACCACGGCCACUUUCACUUCGACACCAGCAGCGCCCACACCAACACCACCAACGGCAGCGGUGAUGGUGGCAUUCACACUGACAUCGCCCACAACCGCGCGCUGCGGCAGCACAACAACCUGCGCCUCCACGAUGUGCCCAUCACGCUACCUGGCAGUCGUAUCAGCACGCUGACCAAUGCAUACGGGGUCCGCCGCAGCCGCAGCUCCAACACCGUGUGCACGUCCAACCCGAGCGAGGUGCUUGGGGACGCGCGUGUGCGCCGUGCAAAGCAGGGCCUCUCCCACUUCUCCAGCAGCCCGCCGCUCGGCAGCGCACGUGCACUUGGCGGCCUGCACGACCCGCCGACCACGAGCAACGGGCGCGCGCUGGCGGGCGCACACGCUGGCGGGAAGAAGAAGAAGAGCCCGAAGCUGAAGGGCAAGAGCAGGAGCAAGACGCGCAGCAAGUCCAAGCCCGUGUCGCGUGACACAAGCAGCAGCAACAGCAGCAGCAAGAAGAAGCACACCCGCACCAGGAGCGGCGGCAACGGUGUUGGCAGCGUGGGCGAGGGCGGUGUGGCGCUGAACGUGAGUAGUAGCACAGGUAGAUUAGGCCAGCAACCCGAGCAGUACAGCCGUCCCCACCACAAUCACCCAAAUCACCACCACCGGCACAGCAACCACCGCCACCGCCACAAUCACGAAGGACGCGAGCAGCACCAGCAGCACCGCCGCCACCACAGCCUGCAGGACACCGAGCACGUGCCAACCGAGUGGCUUGUUGGCGCUGCGAGCGAUGACGACAGCGCACCGGAGGACCCGUCCAGACGCCAGGCUGCACGCCACCAGGUCCAUGGUGCUCAUCGUGACAAGAACCGGCCCGCCACUGCACACGGCGCACCCAUCGCGGCGUCGUCAUCAUCAUCAUCGUUAUCAUCGCGACCAGCGCUGCCCUCAAAGCGCACAGGCGACCAUGACGACGGUGAAGACGAUGACGAUGACGAUUAUGCUGAUGACAGUGAUGCGUCCCCAUCGAAUGGCCACGGCACCAGGAAGCACAGGCACCACCACCACCAUCGCGGACAGCGGCGGCGCCAAAAGCGACGCGACACGCAGUCGAAGCAGUCGAAGCAGUCGAAGCAGUCGAAGGCGUCGCACGCGUCGUCGUCAUCGCCACCGGACGAAUCCCCCGCGUUUCCGUCGCAGGGCGUUGAUGCAGACAGCCUGGUGCUUCCCGAGCUGCUGCAGGCCAAAGGCGUGGUCCUGAGUGGUGGUGGGUCGGGCUCCGAGAACGACCAUGAACCAUCGGGGCCAAGCACGCCCACGCCGCAGGCUGGUGACGCCGGCAUGGAUGUGGCGCUGUCGCUGUGCGGGCUGAGCGCUGGUGUUGCGCACGAGGAGAUGCAAGAGCGGUUUGAAGAGAAGAGGGUCACGUUUGAGAUGCUGUGCAAGCGCCCGCACCUGCUGGAGGACACGUCCCUUGUCGUGCGCAUUCACGACAAAUUCUUCGCCUGGAAGGUUGCUGCCCCCGCCAUUAUGGCCCAGCUCGUCUUCAAGCAGCCACUUCCACCAGACACCGUCGACAAGCUCGUUGACAAGCACCACCCAAAGCAGCGGUCGUGGUUCUUUUGGCGGCAGUCCACGAGCGACGUGAACAAGACCCAAGAUGAGGGCAAGACGACAGAGCCGACAACGGAGACGGAGGAGGACGAUAUCAGCGCGGGCGAAGGCCUCGACUCAAGCAGGGAGAGCGCACGCACUUCCGCCGACGAGUCGUUCCUUGCUACGCACCGCCGCAGCCUGUAUCUGACAUCAGAGCAGCUCGCCUCCCUCAACCUCAACGAGGGCUUCAACGAGAUUGAAUUCUCCGUCGCCAGCAAGUUCCAGGGCACCGCCUCUGUCACGUGCCACGUGUUCCUGUGGAACUACGAUACGAAGAUUGUCGUGUCUGAUAUUGAUGGGACCAUCACGCGGUCAGACGUGCUUGGGCACGCUGCAGCGCUGGUUGGCACGGACUGGACCCAGCGGGGCGUGGCAUCCCUAUUCUCCCGCAUCGCAAGCAACGGCUACCAGUUUGUCUAUCUCUCCUCCCGUUCCAUCAGCCAGUCCGGACAGACAAAGGACUACAUCCUCAACAUCCAACAGAACCGGGAGACGCUGCCCGAGGGUCCCAUCUUGCUCUCGCCGUCCUCCCUCUUCCGCAGCUUCCAUCGCGAAGUCAUUCUCCGCCGCCCAGAGGAGUUUAAGAUCUCCUGCCUCUCAAGCGUCAAGCGCCUGUUUCCUGGUCUCGACAACCCUCUCAUCGCGGGCUUUGGCAACCGCCACACAGAUGUUGUGACGUACCGCGCUGUCGGCAUCCCCGACUCAAAGAUCUUCAUCGUUGACCCCAAGGGACUUCUUCGUGUGUCCAAGGGCGCGUACGAGUCCUCCUAUGCCAAAUUGACCGAGAUUGUUGACCAGGUGUUCCCUGCUGUUGGAACCAGCCGUUCAGAUGAGCAACACCCGGAAUUCAACAGUUUCAACUUCUGGCGCAUUCCACCGCCAACGCUGUCUGCGGCAGAGGAGGAAUUGCUCAAGCUGUAACGGAGUGCUGUUGAUUUGUAGCAGAGCGUGACUGAAGCCCCUGCCCCAUCCCAUCCAGUCACGAGUCGAAUAGACCGUCCUUUUGUUGCGUUUGUUGUGCGUGCAUGCAUGUUCUGUUGUUUGACUGUGUAGGCUUCUGUUGCGUUGUGCACGCACCUGUCACGAGUAACUGACCCUCCUCCCCUUGUAGUGUUUGUUCGCUUUUUGGGAAUUUGUUAUCCUUGUGUCUCGUUCAAGUACAAGCACAUCCACACCUUCGUUCAAGCCCUGCUUUCAGAAACCAUCAUCACUCUGUUCAUUGUCUUGCGCAACAACACUACGGCGCACAAAGCGCAUCACGAAACGAGAAAGCAUGCACAAAC